CCGAGGCAUUGAAGAAAACAGCAGGUCCAAGCGGGAGGGACUGUUUCAUGAAAAUGAAUGUAUCGUAAAAAUCAACAAUGUGGAUCUUGUAGACAAAACCUUUGCUCAGGCUCAAGAUGUCUUCCGUCAGGCGAUGAAGUCCCCAGGUGUGGUCCUCCAUGUGCUUCCACCUCAAAACCGUGAACAGUAUGAAAAAUCAGUCAUUGGACCUCUUAACAUUUUUGGUAACAGCGAUGGCGUUUUGAAAACAAAGGUGCCACCUCCUGUCCAUGUCAAAUCUGGACUAAAGACGGUUAAUCUCACAGGAACAAAUAGUCCUGAAGCAGAUGCAUCAAAUUCUCUGCAACAAAACAAGAGUCCCCGAAUACCAAGACUUGGAAGAAAACCAUCAUCUCCCUCACUCUCCCCUCUCAUGGGAUUUGGCAGCAAGAAAAAUGCAAAGAAAAUUAAGAUUGACCUAAAGAAAGGCCCUGAAGGACUGGGUUUCACUGUGGUUACCAGAGACUCUUCCAUACAUGGUCCUGGUCCCAUUUUUGUAAAAAACAUUUUACCAAAAGGAGCAGCAAUAAAAGAUGGACGCCUGCAAUCGGGGGACAGAAUUUUGGAGGUAAAUGGAAGAGACGUCACUGGGCAGACUCAGGAAGAGCUCGUGGCCAUGCUCAGGAGCACCAAGCAAGGAGAGACGGCAUCACUGGUCAUCGCCCGCCAGGAAGGAAAUUUUCUGCCCCGAGAGCUGAAAGGAGAACCCGACUGCUAUGCACUCUCCCUGGAGACAACCGAGCAACUCACCUUUGAGAUUCCCCUGAAUGAUUCAGGCUCUGCUGGCCUUGGGGUGAGCUUGAAAGGGAACAAAUCCCGGGAAACUGGAACAGACUUGGGAAUUUUUAUCAAAUCCAUCAUCCAUGGAGGUGCUGCUUUUAAGGAUGGUCGUCUACGAAUGAAUGACCAGCUGAUUGCAGUUAAUGGGGAAUCACUUUUGGGGAAGUCCAACCACGAAGCUAUGGAAACACUUAGACGAUCCAUGUCCAUGGAAGGAAAUAUACGAGGGAUGAUUCAGUUGGUGAUUCUGAGGAGGCCAGAGAGACCAAUGGAGGAGCCUGCAGAGUGUGGGGCAUUUUCCAAGCCAUGCUUUGAGAACUGUCAAAACGCUGUAACCACCUCCAGGCGAAAUGAUAAUAGUACGCUGCAUCCAUUUGGCACUUACAGUCCACAAGACAAACAGAAAGACCUAUUGCUUCCCACUGACGGAUGGGCUGAGAGCGAAGUACCACCUUCCCCACCACCGCCACAUCCUGGUCUGGAAUUGGGCCUUGAAGAUUACAGCCACAGCUCUGGGGUGGAUUCAGCAGUAUUUUUUCCAGAUCAGCACAUCAACUUCAGAUCUGUGACACCGGCCAGGCAGCCUGAAUCAAUUAAUCUGAAAGCUUCGAAGAGCAUGGACCUUGUGCCAGAUGAAAGCAAAGUUCAUUCAUUGGCUGGACACAAAUUGGAAUCUCCAAGCAAAGAUUUUGGUCCAACUCUGGGUUUGAAAAAGUCCAGUUCCUUGGAGAGUCUGCAGACCGCUGUGGCCGAGGUCAGGAAGAAUGAACUUCCCUUUCACAGGCCCCGACCACACAUGGUUCGGGGCCGAGGCUGCAACGAGAGCUUCAGAGCAGCCAUAGACAAAUCUUACGAUGGACCCGAAGAAUUAGAAGCUGACGGGUUGUCUGAUAAGAGCUCUCAUUCUGGCCAUGGAGCUCUGAAUUGUGAAUCUGCCCCUCAGGGAAACUCUGAGCUAGAGGACAUGGAAAAUAAAGCCAGAAAAGUCAAAAAAACGAAAGAGAAGGAGAAGAAAAAGGAAAAGGGCAAGUUGAAAGUCAAGGAAAAAAAGCGCAAGGAGGAGAAUGAUGACCCGGAAAGGAAAAUGAAGAAGAAGGGAUUUGGUGCCAUGCUGAGGUUUGGAAAGAAGAAAGAGGAUAAGGGUGAGAAGAGUGAGCAGAAAGCUACUCUGAAGCGUGGUGGCCUGAGAGAAGAGGAGCUUGAGAGAAUGAAAGAAGAGCGCGAAAGGAUUGGAGCAAAACAUCAGGAGCUAAGGGAGAAGCAGGCAAGAGGUCUUGAUUAUGCUACUGGCGCAAUCGGAUCAGUGUACGAUAUGGAUGAUGAUGAAAUGGACCCCAAUUACGCCAGGGUGAACCACUUUCGGGAACCAUGUGCGUCAGCAAAUGUCUUUAGGUCUCCAUCUCCUCCUAGGGCUGGGCCAUUUGGUUACCCUCGGGAUGGCCGUCCACUGUCUCCAGAGAGAGACCACUUAGAGGGUCUCUACGCCAAGGUCAACAAGCCAUACCGUCUACCGGCUCCAGUUGACAGCGUCCGUCCCGCGGCUGGGAGCACUGACCGCAUCCAGAAGUUGCGGAAGGAGUAUUAUCAGGCUCGGAGGGAAGGCUUCCCUUUCUACGAAGACGACGAAGGAAGAGCAAGGCCGUCUGAUUAUGACCUUCUCUGGGUGUCUGGAAAGGGCCCUGAUGGGAACGCGCACAACCUCCGCCCCGAGGGAAUGGAGAGACAGUACGCGUCCUUACCCAGGGCCGGGCCGGCGGAUCCCGCAGCCUACCUGACCGCAGCCGCUCGCGGGCUCUACACGGAAAGGGAGCUUCCGUAUUACCCGGGGGCUCAUCCCGUGCAUCCUCCCAAGGGGAGCUACCCGCGCCCCCCGGAUCUGAGGGUGGCAGAUCUCCGGUAUCCUCAGUACUACCCACCCCCGCCAGCCCCCCAGCACAAAGGACCCUUCCGACAAGAUGUCCCACCUUCCCCUCCUCAGCACCAAAGAGUGCCGGCCUAUCAGGAAUCGGGCAGACCAGGGCCCCGAGGCGGCAGCCCCGACCGGUACCCCUACCGACCCCAGGACCCCCGGCAGAAGAACCCCAUGACUGCGGCCGUAUAG